CAAAACCAGAAAUACCGAAUAUUCGGGGAGUUUCGUUUUCAUUUCACCGCUCCGAACCCUCUCAAUUUAUCCCCAAUUUUUCAAACCCUAACACCACGAAUUUUCACGGCGAUCUUUCCAAAGCGGCACCAAAUCAAGCAAUCUCCGCCAUCUCUCUCUCUCUGGCAAACACGGAGAACACGUGUUUUAGCUGCGAAUCACAACGACCGAAUCGGAAACGUUUGAUAAUUGUUCAUUAUGAAGUUCCUCGAGUGUGCUCCUCUAGAUCGGCUUAACGAUUUCUUGUGUCAUUUGAAUCUGGGAGAACGAACUAUCAAAGGAUGCCUUGAAGCUUAUAGUUGCAAACAUGCUGGAACUGAUAAAAAACUCUCUAUCAGUUUGGACAAUGAGAUUCUUGAUUAUCUUGGGAAGUCAUCUGAUUCUGAUUCUUCCUCACCGCAUGAUCCCUUAAUAACUAGAACAAGCCGGAAGACAUUGGUUUACCUGGUUCUUGCCCUCUAUCACAUGUAUCCGGAUUAUGACUUCAGUGCAGUUAAAGCUCACCAGUUUUUCACAGAGGAAUCAUGGGACAGUUUUAAGCAGGUUUUUGACUCCUACAUGUUUGAAGCCUCGAAGGAAUGGGAUGAAACUGUUGAGGGUCUUUCUCUGCUGGACACCUUGCUCAAGGCCAUUGAUGAGGUGGUGAAGUUGGCGGAUUGCGAAAUUUAUGGUUAUGUACCUGAUUAUGAGGCAGAUCCCUUACUAGACAGUGGAGCAAUGUGGUCCUUUAAUUUCUUGUUUUAUAAUAGGAAGCUUAAGCGGGUUGUGACUUUUCACUUCAGCUGUUUUAGUAACUUGAUUACUGAUGGAUUUCUCGCCGAUGAGUUUCACAAUGACUACGAUGAACAAAUAUUUGCUGACAUGGAUAUAUGAGACUAUGAAUCGAUCAAUACGACAUCAGCUAUCAUGUCAGUGUAUCAAGACUCUCACCUUCCCUUAUGAGAGACUGUAAUAUAAGACCGUUUUAGAUGUGUAGCUCUGUAAAUUGAAGAUAAUAUCUGUGUGGUCUGAGUCGUAGAUGUAGUAUGUGUAUCAUCAUGCAUGCUAUGUAAUAGUAGAUUUAGCAUCUGUAUCUACCUCGGAUGCGCAUAGUAAGUAGCUUUGGGAUCUGCAUCUUUCUGUGUGCAUAUAACUAAUUGGUAGUAAGUAUAGUAACAACUAAAACGUACUUAUUUGGAAUGGGACAUGGAUAUUUGGGGUUACAUUCUUCUGUAAAUGUUUCCUUUUCGUUCAUAAUUUGUAUCAUGUGGGUUAUUGUGAAGGGAAUUAACACUAUCUGUUCUGAGUAUCACAUGGGUUUAUCAAUAAAGAGUUCGUUUGCUUUCGUGCA